UCCGCGCAUGCUCAGUCGCGCUCCCUCCCGGCAGGAAGAUGGUGUCCGUGAGGAUGAAGUCGUCGGUGCUGUCGGUGGUGCUCCUGAACCUCUUCUACAGCCUCGUUCCCGCGCUGUACUUCCACAUCGGAGAGACCGAGAAGAAGUGUUUCAUAGAGGAAAUCCCGGACGAGACGAUGAUCAUUGGAAACUAUCGGACUCAGCUGUACGACAAACAGCGGGAAGAGUACCUGCCGGCCACUCAGGGUCUGGGGAUGUUUGUGGAAGUCAAAGAUCCUGAUGACAAGGUGAUUCUGUCCCGGCAGUACGGCUCCGAGGGGAGGUUCACCUUCACGUCGCACACACCUGGAGAGCAUCAGAUCUGUCUGCACUCCAACUCCUCCAAGUUCUCCCUGUUCGCCGGAGGCAUGCUGAGGGUUCACCUGGAUAUCCAGGUAGGCGAACACGCCAACAACUACGCUGAGAUCGCUGCCAAAGACAAACUGACGGAGCUGCAGCUGAGAGUCCGGCAGCUGGUGGAGCAGGUGGACCAGAUCCAGAAGGAGCAGAACUACCAGAGGUACCGUGAGGAGCGUUUCCGUCAGACCAGCGAGAGCACCAACCAGCGGGUCCUCUGGUGGUCCAUCGUCCAGACCCUCAUCCUGGUGGCCAUCGGCAUCUGGCAGAUGAGACACCUCAAGAGCUUCUUCGAGGCCAAGAAACUGGUGUAAACGUUUCUCCCCGGGGGGGAGAGUGUGAGAGUCUGAGUCUGUAUGAGUAUGAGUGUGAGUGUGUGUGACUGUGUGUGAGUGUGAGAGUCUGCGUGUGAGUGUUUGGUCUCUACUGAGUGAUGCAGUAUCGAGCGGCGGUGGUGGCGGCGGCGGCAGCGGCGGUCACUGCUGUCGGAGGAGGAACUGCAGAGGAGACGGGAUGCGGAGAAUUCCAGCUGCACAAUUUGGCCUGAAAACAUCUUGAGAUUAUUGUAAUUAUUGAGCCCCUCACAUUUGCAGUAGACUAUCAGGGAAAUGUGACAUCUCUAUUUAUUACACAGGUUUCUUCUACGUUUAUUUGUCCCCACUAAAGUUCUGCAGCAGCGGGACAAUAGAACCAGCCAACCGGGCAGAUAGUCUUCGUAUUUGAUGUGUUUGUUUAAAUUGAUUUUCUCCUUUGUUACUCACUGCGAUGAGAACAUGAUGUGUUACUGGCCACUAGAGAUGUUGGUGCAUGAAGAAACAGAAGUUUGAUUUACAUGAAAUAUCAGUCAGGCCUCUGAUAAAGACACAGUUUAUAAUCUGGAUUCAUUACGCAGGAAUAUCUUAAUCCCUGAUUGAACAACAGAAACAGAUACUCGGGGACGUUUGGUAAUAAGGAAGCACCGAUACAGAUGUUUUUGUUGUUAUUUAUUUGCCCUUUUGUGCCCGGAAACAAGAUGAAAACUGAAACAAAGCGACAGACAAACAUCAGCCGCUGAUAUCGGUGGAUGGCGUUUUAUCCACCGAGGGCGAAUAUCGGCCGGUCAAUUGGUGCAUCCCUGUUAGUAAAUCGUUAACGCCUUUAUUAGAUUCUCCUCCGAACUUUCCUUCCUUGUUUCUGCUGCACAUCCUGAAACACUGCCCCCGCUGGUCAUGGGAUUGACUGCAUCCUGUGGACGUGCAGUGUUACGUGUAUGCGACCCUUCUUAAGCCCCGCCCCUUUUUGAACCUCGGUCAACUUCCUCCUUUCCUGUACUCAGAGAUGCUACAUGCUAAGCUAAUCUAUAUUGAAAAGACAACCACAUUUAGAAGAUGGUUAAAAGAUAAGAGACGUAAAUAUAGUCACAUCUUAAAUUAGCAAGUGUUAGCGAAACACGAGCUAGCUGAUCUAAAUUAAUUGUUAGUGUUUUGCUAACAUUAGCUAACUUAAAAUGUGACUAUAGAUUAGUCUCUUUAAUCUUUUAACCAUCUUCAAAAUGUGGUCUUCUUUUCAACAUAGAUUAGCCUAGCAUGUAGCAUAUUUAAGUACAGGAAAGGAGGAAGUGGACUGAGGGUUGCUCAACUGUGAUUGGAGCACAGACCCAAAAAAGGGGCGGGGCUUGUGGACGGUUAAUUGUGCCACCGGCUGUGAAAUAUUGAAGCUUUUUACCAGAACUUUGGCUCCAAUACAAACACUGAUUUAACUACCUGAACCACCAGGACAAAGUUCAAGGUUUCAGUUUCCACUGCAGAACCUUGGACGCUCGUUACGCGAGAGAUGAGUAAAGUUUGGUUAAAAUAUUGAUCAUUUAUGAGGUGACAUAUUGAUCGAAGCGCUGCAAAAGAUGAACAUUUUAGUGUUUGUGACAGCGUUGUUCUCAGCUUUCAGACGCAGUUUGUGUGAAACCAAAUGUUUCUGCCUGUGAGUGGAUCCUUUCCAAACUACAGCUGCCAAUAACUGUUCAUCUGUCAAUCAUUUUCUCCAUUGAUCGACUCGCUGUUUGGUCCAGAAAAUGGUGAAACAUGUUGCUCAGCAUCCAAAGUGACGUCCUCAGAUGUCUCGCUUUGUCCACAACCCAAACACAUUCAGUUUACUGUUAAUAUAACAAUAUAAAAUAUAAUAAAUAUUCACAUUUAAGAAGCUGAAAUCAGAAAAUUUGGACAUUUUUCCUUUAAAAACGAUGAAUCGAUUAUCAGAAUAGUUGGCGAUUAAUUUAAUAGUUGUGGUUGCAGCUCUAGUGAGAACUGAAUGUAUGUUUCUGUUCAUCUGAUUCUGGCUAAAGGAAGAAUAUUCUCAAUCUUCUGCCGGUCUUCAGGGCAGAAAGCAGAGUUCAGAGGGGCUUUAGAUCUCGAGGCGUCCAUUAAACCUCGGAGCCGCCCCGUAUAGAUCUCUGUCUGAGUCGUUCUUUUUGCUUUGAACCCAUCGUUCGCGGUCUCUGCUGUAUUAAAGGCAGCGUUUGAGAGCGAUGUCAGAGUGUGGAUUCUCCUGAAGGAAACCAUUAAAUGUAAAAAUGCCCCAGCACUGCGUUGCCACCCGAAACCGGUCGGAUGAUCUUUACCUCAAAACACAAACUGUCUUCUACAGUCGCCCCUCUCUCUCUCUAAAUGUUCAGCUUCCACGUGAUCCUCAGUGAAUCAACCUGAGGAGAGAAACACCUGAAUCAGAUUGUAAAGAAGCUUCGGAGGUUUUCAUCUUCAGCUCUUCAGACUUUGGUUCCUUUUUACUCUUUCUUUCUUCCUCUCUGGUGGUUUGUGUUUUAUGUUGCUGGUAGAUUUCAGAAACGUUUAUCGGGGUUAGACUUUGAAUCAGUUGCUUAAGGCUGGAAAAGGGGCUUGGAUUUAUUUUUUUAGAGAGAUUCUGUCCGUGUGAAAUCUGUCUAAAAUUGCACUCGAAAUAAAGUUUUGUCACAUUUGGUUUAAAGGA